AUGAGAAACCACACAAGACUAACAACAUUCAUCUUACUGGGAUUAACUGAUGACCCACAGCUUCGAGUUCUGAUAUUCAUCUUUAUGCUUGUCACUUACAUGUUGAGUGUAACUGGAAAUUUAACAAUCAUCACCCUCAUAUUUGUGAAUUCUCAGAUGAAAUCUGCUAUGUACUUUUUCCUCCAAAAUUUCUCCUUCUUAGAGAUCUCAUUCACCACAGUCUGCAUUCCUCGAUUCCUUUAUAGUUUGUCAACUGGAGACAAAACAGUUACGUACAACGGUUGUGCUGGUCAACUUUUUUUUGUUCUCUUUUUUGGAGUCACAGAAUUUUUACUCCUAGCCAUCAUGUCCUAUGACCGCUAUGUAGCGAUCUGCAAACCUUUGCAUUAUGUAACAAUUAUGAGCAAAACGGUAUGCAGAAAACUUGUCAUUUGCUGUUGGGUUGGAAGUUUAUUAAUCAUUCUCCCUCCACUUGGCUUUGGUUUAACUCUAGAGUUCUGUGACUCAAAUAUCAUUGACCAUUUUCUCUGUGAUGCCUCUCCUAUUCUUAAGAUCUCUUGCACAGACACAUGGCUCCUAGAACAGAUACUCGUAGCCGGUGCUGUGCUCAUCUUAGCCUUGACUCUCGUGUGUGUAGUUCUUUCCUAUGUAUACAUCAUCAAGACAAUCCUAAAAUUUCCCUCUGCUCAGCAAAGGAAAAAGGCUUUUUCUACCUGUUCUUCCCACAUGAUUGUUGUCUCAAUGACUUAUGGAGGAUGCAUUUUCAUUUACAUAAAGCCUUCAGCUAAAGACCAAGUGGCAAUUAACAAGGGUGUCUCAAUGCUCACAACUUCUAUAGCCCCUAUGUUAAACCCAUUUAUCUAUACUUUGAGAAACAAGCAAGCAAAACAAGCCCUUAGUGACUCGAUAAAGAAUUUGCUUUUAUUUUCAAAAAAUAGAAAUGCAAUCAAGUAG